AAACCCUGUGCCAAUCGCCCACCAUCAAACCCCCCUCACCACACCAAAAUGUCUUCCCCUCAGGAUCGCGCGCAGUACUACAUUGGACAGCUUGACCGUGAGCUGUCCAAGUACCCCGCUCUGAACAACCUCGAACGGACGACCGGGGUCCCCAAGGCCUAUGCCGUCGUCGGCGUUGCUGUUCUUUACUUCUUCCUGAUCGUCUUUAACCUCGGCGGCCAGCUUUUGACCAACAUCGCCGGAUUUGGUAUCCCCGCUUACUACUCGCUCGAUGCGCUCUUCAGCGCCAACAAGGAGGAUGACACCCAGUGGUUGACCUACUGGGUCGUUUUCGCCAUGUUCACCGUUGUUGAGAGCCUUGUUAGCGUUGUCUACUGGUUCCCCUUCUACUACAUGUUCAAGUUCGUCUUCCUGCUGUGGCUCUCGCUCCCGGCAUUCAAGGGCGCCGACAUCAUUUUCCGCUCCUUCCUCGCCCCGACUCUCUCCCGCUACUUUGUGCACUCGCGCCCCGCCUCCAGCAACCUUCGCGCCAAGGCCGACUCUGCCGGCAAAGCCGAAUUAGAGUUACAACCGGGAAGCACACAGUUCCUUGUAUUCGAGAGGCCAGGGGAAGUUCGGACGGAGCUUCGGAGGGAUCUUGGCGGGACUCAAGAUUUCCCUCAAGAAAACAGCCUACCCCUAGACGGUACAGCCUCAUCCGGCGAGCUGGAGAGGCGGCAGGCACCGACACGCUCAAUAUACAUCUCGGCCACAACAUGUCAACAACCACAGGCAAAGGCGGACGCUACGGCGCCCGAAAUCCCCCAGCUCACGUUGUUCAUAUCGACAAAUAACCCGCGGGAGAUCACACAAAAUGGCAAUUCCAGCGACCCCAACAUGACCUGGCGGAUAUUUGACGAGGGUGCUGCUAUGUUUAACAUCACCACCUCAGAAAACGUCUUUGUUGGCAUCCAAGCACCGGCCCUGCCAAACACCAUAUCGGGCUCAUGGGGGGUUGAGGUUGCCGCCUCGACCGACAAGCCUUACCACGGAUACAGCAGCAUUGAGACGCGAGAUCUGAUGUGGAUGGAUAGCGACGCCUCCGGUGCGCUCAUGGUCACGCGGACCGCAUCUGGUCUUAGUGAAGGUGAUGACCAGGGCCCCUAUGAACUGUUUGCCAGUCGGGCUGAUGGCAAGAACCGCUCCUUGAGUGGGAUCCGUAAUUCCUACUGUGGUCUGCAGAAUUACGCAGAGAUCUCUGCGAAGAAAGGCGGCGCACAGAGUGUAAUGGUUAAAUCCAGUCUGGUGAAGCGAGCCACCGGCAACAUGACAAAACAACAGUUUCACUUGACUGGGCUUCAAUCAGGCACUGCGUACGACGGAAUUAUAGCCACCAAACAAAGGGCGAAUUCCCCAGGUGGCGGAGGAUUGGUUUUCAGGUCAACGCAGUUCACCACUAGACAAGUUGAGAAUAGCAGCUGCAUGCUCGUCAGUGGGCUUUCAUUCUGUAACAAAGUGGCCUACAAGGUACCUGCAAACACGACGGCCUUUCCCAGUCCAGAAGCUCUUGGGAAGGCUUAUGACGAUCAGGCCAAAGAAAUCUACGACAAUUUCGAAAUCCAAAUAGCCCAGGUUCAGUGCGAGACGGAAAAUGCACAGAUUUACUCACUGGCGCGCACUUGUGACGACUGCCGCGAGGCAUACAAGGAUUGGCUUUGCUCAGUCUCCAUACCACGGUGUGAGGAGGUCAGUGAGAGCAAAGAAUGGCUUCACAAGCGCAACUUUGACAACAGUGAUGGCCAGCUUGAAACUUUCGAGGCGUCAUCACGCAACAGCUUCGUUAACGAACAGAUCGUCCCUCGCCCAUACAAGGAGCUUUUGCCCUGCGACGAGCUCUGCUACGACCUGGUGCAGAGCUGUCCCCACUCGCUGGGCUUUGUCUGCCCGACACCUCUGUCCAAAUAUGGGUUCAACCACAGCUACCAUAUCAGGGAGCAAGAUGGACCCAGCGGCGAGUUCAAGUGCAACUUUCCAGACAAUGCGCAUUUCAUCGAGGUCCGCAAGUCGGCAGCCGAACAGAGACGACGCAACGCAAAGUUCAUCAAGGACCAGGAGGCGCGUCGUGGAAAGUCCGAGUCGGAUAUCAAGACACGCGGCAAGGAGAUCCAAAAGUCGCCCAUAUCUCCAAUCUGGCUGGGACUUCUCGGCUUCGUCAUCUUUGGAGGUCUGGUCUUCGAGGUCUUGUCGCGCUUCUUCCUCUGA